CCUUUAGUCACCCGACCGAACCAACCGGGCAAAGAGGCAAGAAGUUCCGCGUGCGCCAAGUGGCUGUAAGCCUGAAUGCAGCUAGGAGAAUGCAGCCCGGAACGAGAUGUUCGAGAUUCUGUUCGCCGAUAAUAGUGCUACUGCUGCUGGCCUGCGUGAUAGACGAUACUGGCGGCACUUGGAAAAGGCGGGAGGACAAGACCAAGUGCCCUAAAGUCAAGGGCAUACGAAAUUUUGACAUAUCCGAGUUCCUUGGGUCGUGGUACAUAGUGCAGUAUUAUGCAAGCUCAGAAGAGGCACUCGCGUACAGAUGCAUGCGAGCCGAACUUUCAAUUUCGUCCGAAAGCACGGAAGUCACGAUGAAUUUCACUUACAGUUUUACGGACGAUCCGAUCAACGAACAACUCGUUGGUAACAUCACCUGGAAAAUUCCAUCGUCCGAACUACCUGCCCACUGGGUGCACGCCGAGUAUCCAUAUGAGGGUGUGUACAAUACGUACGUAUUAGACUCAGAUUACAAAUCAUGGGCACUGCUCAUGCACUGUGCAGAACAGAGCAAGAGUCCUCGAUACUUGUCCAGUUUCAUCAUGAGUAGACAACCGAGUCUCGGAGCUAACGUUAUUUCUUAUCUUCGUGAAAAGUUACCCAGGUACGAUAUCGAUCUGGAGUAUAUGUUCCCCAUGGAUCAGCAGCAGUGCAAUAAAACGGAAGCUUCGGAGCUAGAUCUGAUAAUUCCACCAUCUACGAUGUUCAGGAAAGAUUACGCCUUGCGAAAACACCCGUUAAAGAAGAAACAUCGACGUCUUUAAAUCGAAUUUUUCUAUUAUUAUUGUCGAUAGGAGGGAGUUUAGUGUGUUCUGUUCAUCGCUAGAAAAUCUUUUUAAAAAUUGCAAUUCUAAGGAGUCGUUAAAUUUUUCCUGACACCUAUCGAAAGUAAAUUGCGAGCAUAUUGUUAAAUUUCUGGCACAUCGAUUGAAUAUAUCUCAAAAAACGCAACACACGAUGUGAUAAAUUAUGCGUUUACGCUAUAAUACUCACACAUUACGAUCAGGCUGUUAGGAAUGAUCACGAACUAGUCUAUUAAAAUAUAAAGUACCCGGGUAUCUUAAAGUUCAGAUAUGUAUAUGAUUCGAGCGUGUGUUUAUAUAAAUAAACUUGUGAUUGAAUUAUGUGAUUAAUUUAGGUACUUAGAAGUUUAAGAUGUAAAGAGUAU